UUUUUGUUACAUUUAUUUCGCUUUCAUUGUGGAUUUCGGUGCGCGACUGACGAGAACACUAAAAAAUGGGCGAAAACCAAUCGCUGAAUAUUGAAUUGAGGGCAGAAAAGUUUUGCAGAUUAUCGUGAAAACAUUUGUUUUAGAAAAUCACUAAAGUCAAAUGUACUAAGUGUGAAAUAUAUCGUUAUAUGCAUCUAAAACGAAGUUUGGGUGUUGCACAGCAAAUCGAAAUAUAAAAGAAAAAAAUAGAAACUAGAAGAGGGGAGAAAUCGCGAAGCGGAAAGUUUCCAACUUGUCGGUGGAAGUGGAAAAAAGCAAAGUAGUGACGAAGAGAACGUGGAAACAAAAAAGUACGAAACAAAGCAAAAAAUUAUAAUAUUCAUAGAAAAUAUCGUCAAUUAAAUACAAAAGAAGAUACGUGAAUUGGAAUGCUGUUCGCAUUUGCAGUGUAAUUUUAACAAACACAUGCCAUUAAUGUAAAACUCGAAAAGUUUUCAUAAUUUGACAUCGAAGAUGGGUACAAAAGAAGAAACGCCUGGGAAAGUGGGCGCUACGCCUGCAUCGACGAACGUGUCCGCUGAUAAUAGAAACUCCAAUAUAACAAAUGACGCGCAUCAACAACAGCAACACCAGCAUGGACAACUUCCAAAAGCUUCGGCAACGCCGCAAGUGAUCAUUGUGCCUGCAUCUCAACCAACUACCGCAGCUAAUAAUGCCGCCAAGAAAAUAAGGCGAGCUUUCUCUAUGCCAAGGAACCCCUUCCGGUGGUCGCGCAAAUUCAAAACUUCCAAUUCGGCAGCAGACAAUGCGAGUAGUGCUGGUGGAAGCAAUUCUGCGAUAUCGUCGUGUGUUGGUGGGGGACGUGGGCGCGCCGGUAGUAUCGUUUCACUAAGCAGCUACGAAGCCAUUUGUAAGGACACUAAUGGUGGAAAUGGUGGUGCAGUAAGUGGCUCACACGAAUCUAAAGCGAGCGACAGUAUAAAAAGAGAUACUAUUGGCAAAGUUAGUGAUCAAAAAAUAGUAAAUGGUAAACCAGUUUCCGGUGGAAAUGAAGGCAACAACAACAACGCGGCCACAAAUACAAAUCGUAUCCUAAGGCGUUCAUCUUUCAGAAAAUUUCUAAAUCGUAUUGCACAGCAUGUUAGCACGUCAAUUAAUGUUGGGAAAGAAAGUUCAGCGCAUAAGACAACGGGAAUAGUGCCUUUUUACACCGCUUGCUGGCGCAGAAAAAAGGCGAACAAAAACGCCGCUGUGUCCAUAUCCACAACCGCCGAUCGCGUGCCACCCAUCGGCAACUACCAGUGGCCGGCUGACCAGACACCUGGCGUUAUGGGGCUCAAAAAUCAUGGCAACACAUGUUUCAUGAAUGCAGUGCUGCAAUGUCUCAGUCACACAGACAUACUGGCGGAAUAUUUCGUUUUGGAUCAGUACAAGGCCGAUCUAAAGCGACGCAACAAAAUCAAUUCACGCAAAUUUGGUACCAAAGGAGAACUAACCGAACAACUGGCAAAUGUGCUAAAGGCGCUAUGGACAUGCAAGAAUGAGAGCGAUCACAGCACGAGUUUUAAGGCUGUUGUAGAUCGCUAUGGUUCACAAUUUCGUAGCUCAACACAACAUGAUGCUCAAGAAUUUUUAUUCUGGCUGCUGGAUAAGGUGCACGAGGACCUCAAUACGGCCACGAAACGGCGUUAUAAAAGUGUAAAGAACUCAUACGGCCGCCCGGAUGAGGUUAUCGCCGCAGAAACUUUAGCCAACCACAUUCGCUGCAACAAUUCGUUUGUGCAAGCGGUAUUCCAAGCACAAUUCCGUUCGUCUCUCACAUGUCCACGCUGUAAAAAACAGUCAAACACAUUCGAUCCGUUCCAUUGCAUUUCGGUGCAGCUACCGCAAUUAAUGCAGCAAACGAUUUUCGUCACGGUAGUGUAUUUGCAGCGAGACCCGCGUCAAGUGAAGAUCGGUAUUAAUGUGCCUACUGGUUCGCCAAUUGUCGCUCUACGCGAUCAAUUGCAGGCUGACACUGGCAUUCAGGGCAAACACAUGGUAUUAGUUGACAUCAGCAAAGAGGGUUUCACGCGCGUUUUCUACGACACACAACCGGUGGCAACACUAAGUGGCAUCGAAUCAAUUUAUUGCAUUGAAGUACCCGAAACAAAGGUCACAUCAACAGCAAUAACAACAACAGCGACAAAAGUGGACACUGAAAAUGGUGACACAAGUCGGAGCGGCAACCCCAAUCCCAAUCAAAGUACAGCGAAAAAUACUACAUCUACGGAGGUUAACAAAAACAGUUCGACAGGCAACACUGCCAAUGCAACCACAAAUGGUGCUAAGACCACAAACACUUCGUCUACUGCCAAUUUAACUAAUGAACUACUCUUGUUAGUGGCGAAUGUGCGUAAACCCAAAACGGAUCUUGAAAAUAAAGAGACACCGAAUGGCGAUAACUCGCAUACACAAUCCGUGGAACGUUUCGGUAUGCCGUUCAGCUUGCUAACAACCCGAGAUUGCUCUUAUGUUGAUUUACAAAAGCGACUAUUACGCGAAAUGACGCCCUUACUGAAACCUGAAGUUUUCUCGAGUGGUAAACCGAAGAGCGAUAUGUUUCAGAUACGUCUACAAGAUCCGUCCGCAGAUCCAGACACAUAUUUACAGAAUGUUGAACAUCCGCUGCUAACAGAGAUGAUCGACUUGGCACUAUCUGUGCUUUCAUCUGAUGCUGGACCACCGCAUAUAAAACUUUUACUAGAAUGGACUGAGCCGGAAGAGUACUUUGUGGAUCUCAGUGAUCAAGUGGUCGAAGAUGAAAGUGUGGCACGUUUGCUCGAUGUUGGAAAACUGAAAACCACGAAAGACACGUCAGUACUUACUUUAGAGCAAUGCCUUGAGCACUAUACCAAAGCAGAAACGCUGAGCGCCGAAGAUGCUUGGCGCUGUCCACACUGUCAGCAAUAUUUACCGGUUGUGAAGACACUCGGUCUGUGGUCGUUACCCGACAUUUUGGUCGUGCAUUUUAAACGAUUCCGACAGCAUCACGAAAAAGGUGCCAAUGCAGCUAAACUUACCACGAUGGUGAAAUUCCCAUUGAAUGCAUUCGAUAUGUCUCCACAUUUAGUGCGAGGUGUGGAAGAUGAGAAUGGUCCGCGUACAACGCUUAGUGCUGCAGCUGCCAUGGAUAAUGGACCGUUUUCUCGAUCAAAUCCAUGGAAAAAACCUCGACCUGGAGAUUCGCGAUCCUCAACACUUAGUUCACGUGAUAACCGAGAAACCCGUUAUGAUUUGUACGCUGUAUGCUAUCAUCAGGGGGACACACUCGAAACGGGUCACUACACAGCCGCAUGUAAAAAUCCAUACGACAGACAAUGGUACAAAUUCGAUGAUCAACGGGUCUCUAAAGUACCCAAUACAUCAAUCGAGGAGGAGAUUAUUAAUAAUGAGGCUUAUAUGUUAUUUUAUCAGCGUCGCGUCGGAGAUGCAGCUGAAUGCUCUGGCUCUAGUUCGAAUUCAGGCGAUCAUUGGGUCUCUCGAAUCGCACCACCACCGAAUAUGACAGUUGUUGAAAAGAUAAGUGCUGCCGAGGAGAAAGUUAUCGAAGAAGAUAUAUCCGACGAUCGAAAGAAUAUUGAUGUGGUCGCGACCACUGCUAUAAUAGAGCCAUUAAAAGGAAGAACAGAAGAAAAACCAAUUGAAAUACCUAAAGCUGCACUUGCAAAUGACACCAUUGUCGAAGUGAAAAUAGAGACAUCCCCGAUGGUUGUGAACAAUGAAAAUAUUUCGGUCGAUAUGGAAACUCUAGAAUUUGCUGAUUCAGAAUCUGUUGCCCCAGACGAUGAUAGCAUCGCUGUGGCCACAAAUGCAGUCAGCGCAUUGAAAGCGCUCAAUACACUUACACCAAAUAAAAUAGUAGAAAAUCCGAACAUUGUUGGCGAAAAUCAGAUCUUUGCCAUGGAUGAAGACUGUCAAAUUGAUGAAAGCCAAGCACAUGAAACGACAGUACCCGCCACUCAUAUUGCAACCACGCUAAUCAAGUCACAACAAUCGCCCUCAACGAAGGCUGUGGCAGAUGCAACGGCGGAGCCAGCAGUUUCUUCCAUAGCGCCAAAUAAGCCUGCUGCAACCACAACGACUAAAGUAUUAACUAAUGGCUACGCUGCAGAUGCCUCCAAAUCGCCAAAUCAGAAGUUGAACAUUACGCAACCGGUUGUAAAUGGUAAACCGAAGAGUCCCGCAACAUCUGCCGUAGCAACAACAACAAUACCUGCCGGUAUUAAUGGCAGUCGCGUUAGAAAUUCCUCAACAUCUUCCUCCAGUUCUUCCUUGUCGUCACACUCAUCGCCACACUCGCUGGCCGUUUCCAUACAUGGCGCAUCCACAUUGCAAAACAAGUUCAACGGCUUUACAACCACAUCAGCGACAGCGAGUAGUAACUACAAAGAGGUUUUGCUCUCAAGUAGUCUGAAAAGUAACAGUAGCAGUAUUAUUAGCGCUGCUGUGGCAGCGCACACAGCUCACGAAUUCCACCUAACACGCCACCAGCCAUGGAAUGGCAGUCGUUCGAGUGUUUCUGCGUUAGAGAGCGGAACACAGACAAGCAAUCAUCAACAUAUGCAUGGACUCAAUUUAAGGCAUUCGUUCUCAACGAGCUCUAAUUGCAAAUUGCGCGAAUGUAGUGAAACACUUUCAUCGAUGUUGCGCAAUUCGAGCAAUACCUGCAGCAAAGAUACGUUGAUAUUUAUUGAUCAGCAGAAUCAUCAUCAUCACCACAGUUUAAUCGAAGAUGACGACGAUUCGUUUAUGGGCAGUCGGCAACUUUGGAUUUCACCGGUAACACCACACAAACUAAUAACGGUAUCGCCCAAAAACUAAGUUGUCGCCGAUCAGUGCGCCUUGCCCCUGCAGAUAUGCUAUUGAAUCCAUUUAAAUCGAAAGAUAUUUACAAUUAUUUUAAAGUUAAGAGUAUAGUGACCAAAUUUAUAUAUAAAUUAUACACAUUGUGUAUAUGCAUUUCAUAUGUAAAAUACGUAUGCAUGUGUGCUUUAGGUGACAUUUAGUUAUGUACAAACAAAUGUCACGUGUGUAUUCGACGCCUGAAAACCGCUUAGAGGCAAGCAAAUGCAAAAUGUACUAGCAAUAGGAAAUUUACAAAACAUUAUUGAUAAUUACCAGUGUAUGUAGGAAAGUACAGUUAAAAAAUUACUUUAAAAAUACUCGUAUACGUUGAUUCCAAGCUGAGAAGUGUUGACUCUGUAUUCAGUUGGCUUAUUGAUUGUUGCUACAUUUUACACAAAUUGAACGAAAUGAAAGAGCUGUGGAAAAGUAAUAACAGUUUGCUGUAUAUGAAUAUAAUCUUAAGUGGUGGACAAGUAGCUGACAUAUACAAUAGCUUUGCGAAAGCAUGAUAGCUUGUAUUUGAAUUUGAAAAUGAAACACGAUAUAAGUACAUAUAUUAACGCGAAAGCAUGUUAAUUAUUAGAAAAGAAAAAACAUUAUAUUAUUUAGUGCUGUAAGCAAAAUUUUAUAAAAUAUGUUUAUAUUAAUUAUUAUAUAAAGCCGGGUACAAGACUAUUGAAACAAUAGCAUUACGAUACAGUUCAUAGAUAUAAAAAUGAUUGCUUAGCCGAGUUUGUCCUUUGACUUAACGAACGACCGCUAUUAGAAAAUGAAAUGCCUUUUCUCUGACGAUCUUCAGUGUUUUCGCAGUGACACAGCGUCAUACCUAAAGCAUUUGAAAUGCUGCUGUACAUACAUAUGUACAUAUGUAUGUUUGCGAUUACCAACCUCCCAACUAAUAGAUAAGCUCAAUUAUAACUGAAUAUAUUUUUAACUUAAAAUGUAUCACACAUAGUGAUUUCUGAUAUUUCGUCAACUUUUUAUGUCAUUAAAACUCCCACUGAACUAUUUUUGUUUUGCAUUGGAGAUUAUUUAAAAAGAUAACAACGUAUAUCUUAAAGUAUGCAGAAUACAUCAUUUGGCAGUCAAACUCUGCAAUCAUAAUUACCAAAUAUUUUUAACUUUUAUUUUUCUGAACUCUACAAUUUCGAGUAGCCUCCUUUAUUUUUGUUGUGAAUUUUACAUGAAAUGACGCAAUAAAUGCAAUACCACUGUAUGUACGAACGAAACGAAAUAAUUAUGUAAUUGUUACAUAACAUUAUUAUUAAAACUUGCAUACAUAUAUAUCUAUGUAUGCGUAACUUAGCACCUUGCAAUAAGCUAAAAACCAAAUGUAACACUUCAAAGUAGAUUUUAAAUUAAAAUCAAAUAUAUAAAUGAAGCAUAUAAGUAUAUAUUAACAUAAAAUAAUAUUAAAGACUUUUGACUAAACUUUGUUUACAUAAAGAGAAAGGUAAUAAUAACAUUAAUGUAUUCAUAUAUCUUUAUUUAUCAGAAAUACGAGUAAAGUAAACGUUGUUAAAAUGAUGAAAUCUAUUUAAGGUGAGAUGAAUUGGAAAUAAAAGUGAAAAUACAAGCC